AUGGGUUUUAAUAUUGUAUCGCCCGUGUUUAUAGUUUUGCUACUGGGAUACUUUGCAAAACAAAAAGGAUACAUUGACAACAACUUUGUGGACAAAGGAACAUGGAUUGUCUUUUACAUGGCCUUGCCCUUUAAGUUAUUUUACGACAUAAAGAAUGCAAGGAUUGAAUCCCUUCAUCCAAAAUAUGUUGUCUACAUCCUAUUGGGAGUUAUUUUUGUAAUUUUUAUUUCUCUUGUAAUAGGAAAGAUUUUGACGAUUAAAGACAAGAGAAAAUUAUCUGCCUUUAUUCACUGCGCCUACAGGUCAAACUUUGUCUAUGUUGGCUUUCCCAUCCUAGACAUAAUUUACAAUGGAGCUCCUUCCAUGGAACACAUGAUAGUAAUAAUUGCUUUUGGGCUUACUCUCUAUAACAUAGCCGCUAUUGUUAUUUUGACUUAUUAUUCUGAAGUAGAAGAUAAAUCAAUUUCAAUUUCCAAUAUACUUAUAAAGAUAAUAAAGAAUCCAAUGAUUGCUGGAGUAGUCUUUGGUUCAAUUUUUAACUUUUUAAAUAUACCAGUUUACCAAGGAAUUGAUAAGGCAAUAGAAAUGGUGGCAAAGAUUUCAACACCAAUGUCACUUAUAUUAAUUGGAGCGAGUCUAAACUUUGAAACAUCAAAGGAUGAUUUCAAGUUUAUGUUUAUCUCAGCCUUUAUCAAGACAGUUUUAGCUCCACUUAUGCUUAUACCAAUAGGAGUUAAGCUUGGCUUUACAAAUAUGGAGUUGGGAAUAGCCUAUAUAUUUUGGGCAACUCCUUGCGCAGCCAACUGCUUUAUCUUUACAAAACAAAUGAAGUCUGAUUAUGAAUUUGCCUCAAAGGUAAUAACUCUUUCUUUUAUCAUGAGUAUUAUUACCUACCCAGUGAGCAUAUCCAUGAUGAAUUAUUUUAACUUGUUGCACUAA